UGUAUUGCUAGUAGGCAAAGAAGUGACCAUGGACAAACAGAUAAGAAGUAGUGGCAGAGACUAAUGGUCGUUGUCUGUUCUUGGACACACUGUUGUAUCCAGCAAUUCUUUCCAGGCCCAGCAAGAGGAAUUAGGAGCCUCGAUUCAUACCAUCCUUGGAUUGUGGCUCAGAUCUAAUCUAGUUAAUUCCUUUGCCAUGUUUGUGGUGGUGAGGCUGUCUGUCAAUUAUUGUUACAAGUAAUUUCAGGAAGCAGCUAUGCUGUGAUUUUUUAUGUGACUCGUGCAGUGAUCAACAAAAACACUUUCCUUUUUGGGUUGAGCAGAAUAUGCUCACACAGGCCUGCAGCAGGGUGGACAAUAUAUUCUUUUAUGUAUUUGUUGCCCUCCCACAGAACUGAAAGUAAGGAGGGAAUGUAUUAGUAUUUCCUGGCAACGGAAGAAAAAGAAGUCUGAGGUAUGGUGCUGUCAGGCUGAAGGGAAGAGCUUGCCCAGCAGUGACACCCAAGGAGAUGAGCUCAUGGGAGGUCAGCUCUGGUGGAUGGUAACCAGGCCAAGCGCUCUCCACCUAGUUGUGCCAAGUGUAUGGUAGGGAUUUUCUGCGUCCUCAGAAUGUUUCUAUAUUUUUAAAUAGUGCUUCAUAACUGCAAACAGAGUGGGCCUCAGGUGUGUCUGAGAGAGCUCCUCUCUGGCAGGCACACAGCUUUAAAGUUAAACGGGCGGGUUUCUAGUUAGGAAUCCAGAAAGAACUACAGCUCCCAGUGGCCCACACGUUGCCUCCCUCUCAUGCCCAGUGGCAGACGGAAGCACAGCAGCAGCAGUGAGAAGGCAGGGCAGUGAGGAAGUGGUUCUGGCCUAGGCCUGACAGGGCCAUGGAGUUCUCCAGGCAGCUCUAUGCAAUCAGCGAGGCACUGGACAGGGCUGAGCUGGCGGCUCUGAAGUUUCUCAGCUUGGAGUACGUUCCUUUGAGGAAGCAGGAAGCCAUCGAGGAGCCCAAGGCCUUCUUCCAGGCGCUGCUGGAGAAAGGCAUGAUCGAGGCAGGGGACCUGGCCUUCCUGCGGGAGCUGCUCUACCGGAUCAGUCGGAUGGACCUCUUGGCUGCCCAGCUGGGCUCCAGCCGAGAGGCGAUGGAGAGGGAGCUUCAGAUCCCAGGCAGGGCACAGGUGUCGCCGUUCAGGUACCUGCUCUUUCAGCUGUCAGAAAACAUCACGAAAGAGGAGAUGAAAUGUUUCAAAUUUCUUUUGGGGAAAGAAUUACCAAAAUGCAAACUAAGCCCUGAAACUACAAUGCUCGACGUCUUCAUUGAGAUGGAGAAGAAGGGGAUUUUGGGAGAAGACAACCUUACUGUCCUGAAGACUCUUUGUGAAAAAAUUGACAAGAGCCUGUUGAAGAAAAUUGAAGAAUAUGAAUUAAACCUAUUUGGUGAAGAAGAGAUGCUUGUAAUAGAAGGACAAAGGAGCAGCACAGGAGUCCCUGAAACCUGUCCCAGAUUGUGGGCAUCAUCUGUGGCACACGAUUCUCCUGGCAGUUGUGAUCAGUCUUCCCAGCUUGAAGCUUACAAAAUGACCAGCCGGCCCCGUGGAGUAUGCCUGAUCCUGAAUAAUCACAAUUUUGCAAAAGCCAGGAAAGCAGUGCCAGAACUCAAAAAGAUGAAAGAUCGGAAUGGGACAGAUGUGGAUGCAGCUGCUCUGAGCAAAGUCUUCAGCACCCUUCAUUUUAAGAUAGAAGAAUAUAAAGACCUCACUGCAGAAGAAAUCCGUAAGAUUGUGAACAUCUACCGGUGCAAAGAUCACAAUGACAAAGACUGUUUUGUUUGCUGUGUUCUCUCUCAUGGAAAAAAAGGCAUUAUAUAUGGCGUUGAUGGACAGGAAGUACCUAUCCAGGAACUGACCACUUCUUUCACUGGGCAGAAUUGCCACUCACUUGCUGGAAAACCAAAAGUCUUCUUUGUUCAGGCAUGCCAAGGUGAUGCUCGCCAGAAAGGUGUAACCAUUGAAACAGAUUCUGGAGAGCAAGAUUCUUCUCUAGAAACAGAUGCACGAUUUCAGCUCGAUUGCAUCCCCUCAGAGGCAGACUUCCUCUUGGGCAUGGCUACCUUGCAAGACUAUGUUUCCUAUAGAAGCUCAAGCCAGGGGAGCUGGUACAUACAGUCACUAUGCCAGCACUUGGAGAACAGCUGUCCUCGAGGAGAAGAUAUUCUCACCAUCCUGACAGCCGUGAAUCAAGAGGUGAGCAGAAAGAUUGACAAGCAGAAUGCAGCGAAGCAGAUGCCACAGCCCAGUUUCACACUGAGGAAAAAGCUCAUCUUUCCUGUCAACUAAAUGAGAGAGAACUGCAGAGCAAGAGCAGCUGCAGCAGCCUUAAACAGCUGGUAUCAGCUAAGAAUUUGGUAAAACAUAACAGACUUUCAGUGUCUACUGGUAGCACAAAUGUAAAUGAUUUUAUUGAUAAUAGACAAGGAGCAAAAGUCUUAAGAACUUAGUAUUAAUUUCUAUGACACUUUAUACCUGAGAGCAUCUCACCUGGUCUUGAAUUUGUAGUUUGGUAGCAUAAAAUACACUCAGGGUCCUUUCAGCUGUACCACACUUGCUGUUCACACUUGCUGUUUCUUUAUUAAGAUAUAUUGCAAAUGCAAGUUUAAGAAGACAACAAUUAUAAAGCCUUGUGUAUUUUAUACUUAUUUUUCUAAAAUAAAAGUGUGGGAGGGGGGGCUGCCCAUUUUACAGGA